GCACGGCGUCUUCUUCUCGUAUGGAGAGAGGGACCUCAGUCGCUACUGCAGCAAUGGAGUUUGACAGCAGGGCAUUGCUGGCUAUGUUAGUUUGCUGCGCAUUAUCGGCGGCGGCGGCGGCGGCCGCCGGAAAUGGGUCGAGAUUUGAUGAGCUUUUCCAGUCUAGCUGGGCGUCAGAUCACAUGGUUUAUGACGGAGAGCUUCUCCAGCUGAAGCUCGACAAUUUCUCAGGUUCGGGGUUCGCAUCCAAAAGGAGGUACCUCUAUGGCAAGGCGAGCGCCGAAAUCAAACUCGUCGGCGGCGACUCCGCCGGCACGGUCACGGCAUUCUAUAUGUCGUCGGAGGGAACGAAUCACGACGAAUUCGAUUUUGAGUUCUUGGGAAACACGACGGGGGAGCCUUAUCUUGUUCAGACGAACGUAUACAUCAACGGAACUGGUAACCGGGAACAGAGAAAUGAUCUCUGGUUUGAUCCCACGGUCGAUUUUCACACCUACGCUAUCUUAUGGAACCCUCGUCAGGUCGUCUUCCUCGUCGACGAGACCCCGAUACGUGUUUUCCAGAACAAGGAAGCUAAAGGCAUCGCCUUUCCUGGAUAUCAGAAAAUGGGGGUCAGUAGCUCGUUGUGGAACGCCGACGAUUGGGCUACGCAGGGAGGGCGCGUGAAGACAAACUGGUCUAACGCGCCCUUCGUCGUCACGUACAGGGAGCUUAAGAUCGACGGCUGCGAAGUCGCCGUGGAGGCGGCCUACGGUGACGAAUUGCGGCGGGGGGCGGGGGGGGGGGGGGGGGGGGAGGGGGGGGUUUGGGGGAAGGAAGGGAGGUAUUGGUGGAAGGCGCCGGAGAUGGAAGAGCUCAGUGUGCACCAGAGUCACCAGCUUAUGUGGGUGCGUGAGAAGCAUCUUAUAUAUGACUACUGCUCUGAUGUAGCUCGUUUUCCGUCAAUGCCGCCGGAGUGCUUCCGGUGAUCGCCGGCGGUGGUGGACGUAAAGAUGAGCUUCGUGCUUUCUCUUCUCGCUUCCAUUGGGGUUCAGCAUUAUAAGUGUUUUUAUGAUUUCUGUCUGCUAUUUUGUUUAGAAAAAGCUGGGAUGGUUUCUUUUGAAGAUGGUGAAUGAUGUCACUGGUUUAGUGGCAUUGAUAAUUAGUGUAAA